AUGGCGUCUCACGACAUAGUAUCCAGAGGCGAAGCUGACUUCGAUCUUUACCCUUACACGCCCUCAGCAGGCGCCGGCUACACAUUUCUCAUACUUUUCGCGAUCGGCGGCCUGACGCAUCUCAUCAUGCUCAUUCCGUUGCGAAGUUGGUUCUUCAUCCCAUUCGUUCUGGGCUGCGUAGGCGAAGCAGCCGGCUACUACGGUCGCGCCUGGUCCUCACAGAAUAUCCGACAAGGCAGCCCUUAUCUCCUUCAACUCAUGCUUAUCCUCGCGGCCGCACCGCUUCUCGCAGCCACCAUCUACAUGACGCUCGGUCGCCUUAUUCGCUCUCUCGAUGCUACGCACCACGCUGUAAUGAAUCCGCGCUGGACGACGAAGAUAUACGUUAUCAUCGAUAUCGGAUCCUUUGUAUGUCAGAUCAUGGGGUCGGCGAUGCAAGCUUCCGGUGACCCAGACGGAGUCAAGACUGGAACCACCGUCGUCAUCGCAGGACUGGGUACGCAAUUGGUUGCUUUCGGCUUCUUCAUCCUAAUGGCGGUGGUGUUUCAUCGAAGGUUAAACAACGAACCUACCAGCACGUCAAGGCGGACACAUGUCAAGUGGCGCCGCUACAUGUGGGCUUUGUACAGUGUCAGUGUGCUUGUCGUUGUGCGGAGCAUUUUCCGGCUGGCGGAGUUUGUCGAGGGGCCAGAAAGUAAGGUGUAUCAGACAGAGGCGUACUUGUAUGUCUUUGAUGCGGCGCUCAUGUUCGCGGUGGUGGUUAUCAUGGCGGUCUUUCAUCCGGGGUUUCUGUUCAGAGUCGUCAGAAAAGCUGAGUUGAUGCCACUUAGUGAUGACGAGGGGAAUGGUAGCUAUUUACUGCGCGGAGAUGGUCCAAGUUCCUACACGCCACCAUAUCCUAAUCAGUACUAUUCCUCCCUGCCUCCGCGGCCCCAGGAUGCCGCCUUCAAUAGCCCAGUGCAAAGUUCCGUCAAGGCCUUCAACGUCCCAGUCUCUGACCAUACCCUCGAGUACCGAAUUCUAGAGCUGCUACAACCUUUUCGGGACACCAGCAGUCUCUUGAACGCCACUAAUGAAGCCAAGAACGUUUUAUUGCUGGCUCAAAAUAUCGCCUCCAUCAUUGUCAGCAAACAGUCCAAGGAUCUCUCCAAGGCGGGAAUAACCGAUGUGUAUAUCAUGAGCCGCAACUUGAACACCACCGCAGUCAACGGUACCGCAGCCAGCGGUCCGGCGUAUCUCCGCAUCUUCUUCCAUAUCGACUACCAAUCGAUUACAGUUGUUAAAGCGAAGAUCGAGAACGGGAAGAACGCGAUCGGUGCGCUUAUCGACGAGGUGGACAAGGUCAUCGAGAGCCUCAUGGAAGACUCAUAG